CUUAAGUGUGGGUUUCUUUUACUCCUCAGUGGCACUCAAACUUUGACUGAUUCCUAAUUUAUUUGGCUGUGGACUGACAAAAAGCUGUCCCAUCAGUGUUCAAUGAUCAAAAACAGUCCCUUCUUUUUUGACAGAUGAAGAAACAUCUAUACGGAAUGCAGAAGGAUCGUUGAUGAAGGUGUUACAAGCCCGCAAGAAGAACACCACCACUGAGCUGACUAUUGAGUCAGAGAGGGCGUCAUCAGAUAAAAGUGCUGUCAACUUGUCAGGCUUCAUGAAUGAGCAGCUGGACUUUACGAAUAAAAGUGAUAUUAUCAGUACACUAAAUGACAUACUGCCUUAUACCUCAGAGGGAAAUCUCGGAGAUGUGGAAGCAACAUUAUUACCAUUCAUUCAGCUUCUGUUUUCGAAUACAAAAGGUGGAGAUAUGCCGCAGGGCCUUUUGAAAAACAGUACAAGGAGCCCUUCUGUUACACCUGUACCCAACACUUCAACUAAUAAAAACAAAUUGAGGAAACUCCAUUUUGCGGAAAAUUUGUUAGCUGCAGAAACUCAAGAAAAAAUUGAUGAGGUUAAAAAGGAAGAAAAACCUGCCACGCGUACGCGUUCCAACAUUUCAAGUGCCACGUUUAAAAGCUACAUCUUUCAAAAGAAAUUGCAAACUGCCCAACCACAGAAAGACAGCCUCGCAAAGAUUGAGAGUACAGAGGAAAGGCUGCUGAGAGUGAACAGGGUCCUCAAGGGCCCAAAGGGCAUACAGAAAAUGCACCUCAAAGCAGUGGGAGAUGAGAGCGUCAGGGGGAAACAGAAUGCCCAGCCAUCUGAGGCGAACACUGCUGAAGAAAGAAGGCUCAGGAGGCCAUCCCCAAGAAAGCUGAAACAGCUUCUCAUGGUUCAGAGUCCCAGGAAGCUGGUGGGAAAGUCCUCCAAUGCAGAGUCUUCAUUCAUAAAGGAACACAAGGCAGCAGGCUCCUCUUCCUGGAAACAGUACUUCAAGGGCAGGCCUUCUGCCUCCAUCCCUCCAAAAUCCCCAUCUGACGUUAAAAGCAGAUCAAAAGACUUAUCCAACACUCUUCAUGUUUUAGAGGAUGCGAAGGCUAGAACUAGAAACAUUAAGGACUUCGAACUAAUCUCACAUUCUGGAAAAAAAUACAUCUUCCAUAAAAUUAGGUCUCAUCGGGUCCACAGAAAACCCAAAGGCAAAAGGAGUGGAAAGUUCAGAAAGAAAAGUUCACUCAAUAGAAUGAUGCUUGCAAGCCCUCCGUUCUCUGUACUGAGGAGUCUCAUAAAUUCCCCUCCACGAGAGGCUGUUUCAUCUUCAGGAGAAGUGACUUCUCAGGAAAAGCCUUUUCCAGAAUUAUUUUCUCUUUCAGACCCUUCUACAGAAAACACUACUUCAGACAACAAUACUGCACAAAAUGUUUCUGAAGAAAUUAUUUCUACAGGAAACUCUACUCUGCCAGGAGGAACCGGCCCUGGAAACACUACCCAUAGGAACGUGUCCACUGCACAUUCUACUGUUGCUGCAGACAACAGUAUGCCAACUGUUCAACACACCAACCAAACACGAUGGGAGUACCACAACACGGGCACUGAAUUAUCCUCUAAGCCCACAGGCUUCGCUUUCCCAGGGCUCACAUCCCCGGGUGAUCAAGUUGAAGCUCAGCUAAACCAGCAGCUACGGUCCCUCAUCCCCAACAAUGACAUGCGAAGGCUCAUUUCUCAUGUUAUCCAGACUUUAAAAAUGAACUGCUCGGAGACCCACGUGCAGCUGGCCUGUGCCAACCUCAUCUCUAGAACAGGCCUCCUGAUGAAGCUUCUCAGCAAGCAGCAAGAACUGACAACUAUAUCAGUGAGAGCACAGAGGCCCAGAGUGAGCAGAAAGGGCAGGAGUCAAGUGAGGUGA